AUGGCUCAGACACAACAAUGCAGCAACAACCCUAAGCUUGUAGGUUUGCGUCUAACACUGUGGUUCCAACGCAAAAAAUUGGUUGUUGUGUCUAGUGAUGUUUUCAUCCUUGGCUCAUCAAUUUUUAUCCUGACCUGGUCUCGUAGGAAUUUUUUCUUUCCAACCCACACUACCCGACCCGACCCCUCGACGCUCCCCCUCCCCGCGACCGCGAGAGAUACGCAGCCGCAGCCGACACGAAGCCGCCGCCUCCUCCUCCCCCGACCCCCGAGCUCGACGCCCCUCGGAGUAGAUUCCGGCGAGCUUCCGCUCCGCUCCUACCUGUUCAUUCCGACCCCAGCCCAGCUCGCUUCCUCCCACCCCGCAGCAGCAGCAACCGCCGCCGCCGCCGCCUUAUAUUACGCUGGUGCCACCUCCUCCAACCUGAGCGCCGCCGCCUCCGGUGAGCCAUCGCGAAGGCCCCCUUACCUACCUGGGCGACGCCUGCUCCUCCCAGUCCGUCGCGCCAUCCGGAGUGAUCCUGUGCUCUCGAUGGCUGGGAGGCACACCAUUAUUCUGAUGCAACCAUCCCAAAAUAGGGGUUCCAGAACAUUUAUGGAUUAUAAUUCAAUUAACCAUGCAUUGGAUGGAAUCUGUGGUCUUUAUGAAAGGAAAAUUAGGGACAUAAACCCAAUGGUGCCGAACAUAACCUAUGACAUCACUGACCUCUAUAACUUCAUUGAUGGUCUAGCUGAUAUCAGUGCACUUGUUUAUGAUCACUCAAUUCAGGCAUUUCUGCCAUAUGAUCGACAGUGGAUAAAGCAAAAGUUGUUUCAACACUUGAAGAAGCUGGCUCAGCGGUAGUGUCGCUGGUUUUGGAUUGGUAUCUUCUCACCAAAAGCAGACAUGUGGUCAUAGUUGUCAGAGGUGUUUCCUGUAAAACUAUGAGAACUUUACGUUGUGUGCUCAUAUUCUGGCUAAACUAUUUCAGUGGUUCGCCUCAGGCACCCAAUAUACCAACUUAUCUGUUGUGUUCAACUUAAAAGUGUUUGUGAAUGAAAGAAAGAUUUGGCUGCA